CAGAUAUGUUGGAAGCUUCUUCAAACAUGGAUCCCCCUAAAAAUGAAGGGGAUAUGAAACCAACAAAUCUCGAAGAAGUAAAAGAGGAGUGUCCUCUCUUUUCUUGUAAUCUAUUUGAUGCAGAAAUGGUUCGAAAGGUAGCACAGGAAUUCCUUACAGGAUUAGCCUCCGCUUGUGUUGACAACACGACUGGUGGUUUAUUCAAGAGCCCUGCUUCUAUGGCUGUUGAUAUCAGAAGAGAAAUGGUGGACUAUCUUAUCCAGAGAAGCGAGACAUUUGUUGCUGAAUCUGUUGUGUUACAAGGUGGAACAGAAACCAUUGUGUCGGACAACCCUUAUGAUAACAUUUCGGAUUUUAUCGAUGAUUUUGGUCAGUCAAAGAGAAAUUUUUUUAGCAAGGUUUCAGGUUGGAUACUAAGUGAAAGAAGAGAGGAUAGAAUAGAUGAUUUUGUACAAGAAAUGGAGAUAAAUGGCUUUUGGUUGAUGGCGAGGAGGGAAACUGUAGCACAAACAGUGAUUCGAAACGUUGAUUUCAAAAACACCUUUCACUGCAAUAUGAAGUUUAAGUCCGAAGAAGAGUUUGCGAGACAUGUCUUUUCGUGUGGUUUCAGGGAAAUACACUGUGAAAAUGAGGGUUGUAAUGCAAGAUUUAGUGCAGCUCAACUUGAACAGCAUGAUUCGGAGUGUCCUUUCAAAAUACUUCAGUGUGAGCAGAAGUGCCCAGAAAUGCUCAUGAGACGUGAAAUGGACCGGCAUUGUAUAACUAUUUGUACAAUGAAGCUUGUCAAUUGUCCCUUUUAUCCCGUUGGUUGCCAAUCGACUGUUCCCCAAUGCAAAGCAGAAGAACACCGUAAAGAGAAUCUCCAAUCUCACUUGGUCUACAUUUUAAAACUUAUUUACAAGGAAGCAUCUUCAGAAGCUCUUAAGAAAAGGGCUGAACAAUUGGAACAGGCAACAUCAGGUGGACGAUUAGCAGCUGCUCGUGAUGCAAGAUCAUUAACAACUGCAAUUAAGAAUAUUGAUGCAAAGCUUGGACCGUUGGAGGUCGAGAAAAAGAUAGAGGUCAAUCCAGAGUUAAUAGAACAAAAAGACGAGGGCACUGAUGUAUCCACCAAGAAUGACGAUCAUGAUGGUAAGGACUCGCUUCAUAAGAAUAAGACGUCUCCAGACUCACCCAAGAUUCAGCAUGACCUUACAGCUACGCCCGCCAAAGCAGAGUCACCUACCAAAUCAGUGGAUAUUGUAGAACCAACUAGCAAAACUAAAGUGCAAGAAUCUUCUAAGUCACCUCAGGACCUCACAGUUUCCUCAUCCAAAAGUGAAGAGUCUACCCUAUCACCCAUGAAACAUAAAAAAUCUUCCUCACCUGAAAUGGAUACACAUGAAACAAAUGAGUCUACACCAUCACCCAAAAACACCAUGACUCCACAGCUUCCUCACCCAAAAUGA